AUGAUGCUGAACGUUUUUUGUUUCUUUUCAAUAUAUAUUGCUAUUUCAGUUUCCGAUUUUUGUAAAAGUCUAGAUGGAAGCUUAAAGUGCUGCCCUGGGUUUGUGUGGAACAAAAUCGAAAAUCGAUGCAAAAAAUGUGAUGCUGGUAAAUUUGGAUCUUAUUGUGAACAAGUAUGUCCGUAUCCAUGGUAUGGAAAGCAAUGCUUGUCAAAAUGUAACUGCAGUGAUGAUCGGUGCGAUCCUGCUGACGGAUGUAAUGAGUGGACUACGCAAGACUCGCUGGCGGGACAUUCAACUACGUUAUCUCAUGCUGAGGGUUCCAACGAGAUUGGUAGAGGUAUGUUGACGACAGUCCUUUUAGAAACUGACAACGAUGAUACAUCCAACGACACUCAAAUUUCGUACGAAUGGCUUUUUGUUACAUAUACCAUAGUCCCCUUUUGCGUCAUUGUUGGGAUCAUCAUUGCUGCCCUAAUAUUUAAACAUUUAAGGCAAAGGCGCAAGUUUGUAACUAUAGACGCUGCAUAUACUGUUCCAACACAUCAAAAUGUAAGACCUAUUUAUGACAUGUGCGACGAAGGUCUAAAUGCCGAAAAUUCAAAGAGAGAAAAUGGACAGAAUCAGGAAGAUGUCCCCAAUUCGAUAACAGAUGAAGAUGGUUAUUUAACAGUAGUUGUUUAA